AAUGUCACUGCAGUGGAACUUACAGAGGGAUAGAAAUAAAGGCAGAUUUGUCUAUUUUAAUGGUAUUUUGGAAAACUGACAUUUACUUCAUGUUUUCCCUUUUUUUUUUAAAGUUUUUUCUCAAUUUUAUUGCAGUAAAGCCCAUUUUAUUUAUAUAUGCUGUUGCAUGUUUUUAUAAGGAACCUUAA